AUGUUACUGGACAAGGAAUUGUACGAAAUCAACAAAAAGGCCGUGACAGAAGGCUUCAAAAUUAAACCCCGGAUUAACUACAACACCGUGGGUGGAGUUAAUGGGCCAUUGGUGAUCUUGGACAAUGUGAAAUUUCCUCGUUAUAAUGAGAUUGUCAAUCUCACUUUGCCUGAUGGUUCGUCAAGAGCUGGUCAGGUUUUGGAGGUACGUGGAAGCAAGGCAAUUGUGCAAGUUUUCGAGGGAACUACCGGAGUUGAUGUUAAGAAAACGAGAGUUGAAUUUACCGGUGAAAGUAUGCGUUUGGCUGUGUCGGAAGACAUGUUGGGACGUAUUUUUGACGGUUCUGGAAGACCAAUUGAUAAGGGACCAAAGAUCUUUGCUGAAGACUACUUGGACAUCAAUGGUUCACCCAUCAAUCCUUAUGCUCGUAUUUACCCAGAGGAAAUGAUUUCUACCGGUAUCAGUGCCAUUGAUACCAUGAACUCGAUCGCUAGAGGCCAAAAGAUCCCCAUUUUCUCGGCAUCUGGUUUGCCACACAAUGAGAUUGCUGCCCAAAUUUGUCGUCAAGCUGGCUUGGUUCGUCCAACAAAGGACGUCCACGAUGGUCACGAGGAGAACUUCUCCAUUGUGUUCGCUGCCAUGGGUGUCAAUUUAGAGACCUCGCGGUUCUUUAAGCAGGACUUUGAAGAAAAUGGCUCAUUGGAAAGAACUUCCUUGUUCCUCAACUUGGCCAACGAUCCAACUAUUGAACGUAUUAUCACUCCUCGUUUGGCUUUGACCACCGCCGAGUACUUGGCUUACCAAACCGAGAGACAUGUCUUGACCAUCUUGACUGAUAUGUCUUCCUACGCUGAUGCUUUGAGAGAAGUGUCGGCUGCCAGAGAAGAGGUUCCUGGUAGAAGAGGUUACCCUGGUUACAUGUACACAGAUUUGUCCACCAUCUACGAAAGAGCAGGCCGUGUGGAGGGUCGUAAUGGUUCCAUUACUCAAAUUCCAAUUUUGACCAUGCCUAACGAUGAUAUUACCCACCCUAUUCCCGAUUUGACAGGUUAUAUCACUGAGGGCCAAAUCUUCGUGGACAGACUAUUAUCUAACAGAGGAAUCUACCCCCCCAUCAAUGUCUUGCCUUCGUUGUCCCGGUUGAUGAAGUCGGCUAUUGGUGAAGGAAUGACGAGAAAAGAUCAUGGCGAUGUGUCCAAUCAAUUGUACGCCAAGUAUGCCAUUGGUAGAGAUGCCGCUGCUAUGAAGGCAGUUGUGGGUGAAGAAGCAUUGAGUACCGAGGACAAGUUGUCGUUAGAAUUCUUGGAAAAGUUCGAAAAGAACUUCAUUACUCAAGGUCAGUACGAAAAUCGUACCAUCUUUGAAUCAUUGGAUCAAGCUUGGUCUUUCUUACGGAUCUACCCCAAGGAAUUGUUGAACAGAAUCAGCCCCAAGAUUUUGGACGAGUUCUACGAGAGACUGAGACAACAAGAACAAGAAUCAGAAGAAGAUCCUGAUCAAUCGCACGAUAAAGAUGAUAAGGACAAAUUGAUCGAUGCUUAA